CGUCUAUUUUCACCAUAAAAUCACAAACGAUCAGCGUUACAGCCGAAAAUUUCAGUGAAUCAAUCUUGAAUAUUCCCUUUACGACCUGUACAUCUGGUGUCCUCUCACUAACUCCCCUUUCGAGGUUUAGUAUGACGACAGUCAGGCUCACUCGUCACGCAAAUGUGUAUACAGACCCCGGCAACUUCCUGUUAUCGUUAUGCCGUGUGUUUUGUUUGUAAAUAAUUCGUCGCGGUAGUAUGAACGCGAUCGUGAAAUGCAGCCACCCCUCACCGACGGAAUUCCGAGUGGUUAUGGUUCGGUUUCGUGGAUGUGGUGAUGCGGACAUCCCCACGCCAUUUCCGUACGGGGAUGCUUCGUAAAAUUUCAGCAUUAGAACUAAAAAAAAGGAAAUUCCACUAUUUUUUCCAGCCUUGAAGCCAUGAGAACGACAUCCCCUCAUUGUCAAUUAGAGAAUUUAUUAUAUCUCCGAACGAAUUCACCGCAUUUUCAAUCUUCAAUAAAAUGAAUCACUUCAAAUCAAUGUCCACGAUAUCCCUCCCCCCGUCACUCGUCCCAUCCACCCCCUCCCCGUAACCAAAAAACCUCCCACCCUCCAUCAUAACCCAGCCAAAAAUAACCAACAGUCCGGGUCCUCGAGCAACUUGAUUUCUACCUAAUAAAACGUUACGAGAGACAUAAAGUGAUACGAUGAUACAUCACACUGGAUAAAGGUGAGAGCCACACGGGCAAGAGCCCACACCGGCUACAGAGACCGGGGAGAAACAUUGUGAGAAAACGUGAGAGACAAACAGCAGGGAAAAAAAAGCAACUUAAGAAGUCUCGUGUGCAGCGAAAGGGAUGCAGGGCCACAGGGGUGAUGGGUCGGAGUGAGUCGGCAAUUCUGUUACCUAGACGCAAGCGCACGAGGAAUCCUCUCACUCCCUUCCCCCCUCCCAACGACGGGUAGCACCCUCCCACGGGGUUGAGAGUGUUACUCUCUUUGGGAGAACGCGCCGUGUCGAGAUAUCCAGCAGUUGACUUGUGCGGGUCGUGGUACGAUCAUCAGUUCUCCGGCUGAUAGUGGCCAGAAAUCGCUGGCAUUCGUCUAGUCAAUCGGUGACAGCUACGACAAAUUGACGAUCAUUUGGGGACAAGUGAAAAUUUCUUCCACGAUCUUCAGUUCAUCUCCUAUUUUAUUCUAUUGCAAAAGCCCUCGUGAGUGAUUCUGUGAAAAUCAGUGUUCUGUAAUUAUUUAUUACUCUCGUAAUGGUGUUUCAACUAGUGUCCAAUUGAAUUGGCCAAUUCAUCAGAAUAGAAAUUGCACUUGUGUAAUUCACCGGGAGACAGUGGAGUUCUGGGAGAGACAGGUGUCACGACAAAUAUUAAAUAAAGACCCGGAAAGGAGGGAAGAACAUCAAGAAGAGAUGCACAAAGGGAUGAGUACGGUGGAGCUGUAAUCUUUCGCAUCUCGCUGUAGUCGAGGGAUAAUUAUUUUUAAAACAAAGUGGGCUCGAGAUGAUGAUACGCGUCUACCUGGUGCUCCUGUGCUCGUGUAUGGCGAGAGGAAAAAUUGGUUACUUCUGGCAUAUUACGGACAUUCAUUACGACCCGAAAUAUUCGUCCCAGGGUAACACAGACAGCAUGUGCUGGAAUAUAAGGACCGAUAUUGAUACCGGGGGGAUAAGACCGGCGAGACGAGUUGCUGGUAUUUUUGGCAACUACACCUGUGACUCACCCUGGGCACUGAUAGAAUCAGCAGUACAUGCUAUGAAAUCGAAUCGGCCCGAGGAGGGAACAGAGUUCGUUCUCUGGACAGGCGAUGCAGUCACUCACAACAGCGAAAUGAGCGAAGAGUUGCGUUUGCAGUCCAUGAAGAAUCUUACGGAUCUGUUGUCCCACACAUUCUCAAGCCAAUUUGUGUUUCCUGCUUUGGGACACGAGGACAUCGGUUUAAAUUUCAGCCAGAUCGCUAGUUUGUGGAAGCACUGGCUGCCGAGUGAGGCUCUCCAAACCUUUGAAAAAUCUGGCUACUACACAAUUGAACAGAAGUUGAAAAAAUAUCGCAUAAUAUCUCUCAACACAAAUCUGUGGUUAAAUCCAGUCACAGGUGUUGACAAUCGUGUUUCACAACAUCACCAGAAUCAGCGCACAGGUGCAUCAGCGGUGAAUGACAACACGGAUGACCCACACGGCCAGUGGGAAUGGUUUGAUCAAAUUCUAGCUUCAGCAUUGGAGAAAAAGGAAAAAGUGUACAUUGUCGGCCAUACACCGCCGGGUGUUGACGAAAGGGCAAGCGGUGCUAGUCUCCUUCAGGAUUCUCACAACAGGCGUUACCUGCAGCUUGUGCAACGCUAUGCCAGCAUAAUUGGGGGACAAUUCUAUGGACACUGGCACUCAGAUACCUUUCGGAUCAUAUACCAUGAAGGAGUGCCUGUUUCGUGGAUCAUGAUGGCACCGAGUAUCACUCCGGGCAGGCCAAACUUUCCGAAUAAUCCAGGACUGAGAUUGUACAAGUUUGAAACUACCUCGGGAAAGAUAUUAGAUUAUACACAGUGGUAUCUGGAUCUCCAGGAAGCCAAUGCUAAGGGCCGGGCUAGCUGGCAGGAGGAAUACUCACUGCUCUCAUAUUAUGACCUUAAGGACGUCAACGCCAUGAAUUUACACGAUCUCGCUGGCAGAUUUAUCAAAACCAAUGACAAUGCUUUUUCAAGAUACUACGCAGCAAAUACAGUAUUUCUACCCCGAGAAGUAGCCCAUCGUACUGGAUGUGGUGGUGCACUGAGUGGUACUUGCGCACGCCAACACUGGUGUUCAGUGACGCGUGUCAACCCAGGCCCAUACAGCGAUUGUAUAUCGUUGAAUGCAUUCGCCCUGGCUGAGGCGUGCUCACCAACACCACGUUUCUACAUUGCCCUACAUGUAGUUUCUGCACUGUGUUGUCUACUUCUCAGUCGGUAGACUACACCGGGUAGGGGAGGGGGAAUCAUUUCCACGUAUAAUCAUCAUACAAAACCCACCUCUAUCAUCACCAUUCUUCCUACCCAUCCUCACUAUACCGUUAACAAAGUCCCUGUCUAUCCUCGUUUGGCUUUGAUGAAAGACACGAUACUAUGGAUACGAUGAGAUCGAUGAAUGGAGAUGACCCACACGUACAUUAUCAUUGGUAUUUUAUUUUACGACAAAGGUAAAUGUUGGUGCUUGUUACAACUAAUUAGUCCUGAUAAUUUUUUACUCUUUAGUUACUCCGUUGAUCGUUAAAGAUAACAGUGGGAGAAUCUGUUGAUUGACUUUAUUCAGUGUUAAUGGGGCGGAAAGUGAAAGAGAGUAACUAAAAUUCUAAAAGUAAAUAUCUCAUCUACAGCUGUGUGAUACUUACCACUCUUCGAAUUAUCGAUUGAAGCUUCAUUGUUGAGAUAUUUUUCCAUUAUCGGAAGUAUUAUUUUUCUCCCCCCUUUCUCAAUCUUUGAGAUUGCCAGGUCUCAAAGGAGGUGAGAGAGGAUAAAAGAGAAGAUGGUGGUAUUAAUAAUUAAAUCGUUCAACUUUAAUGACGAUGGGGAAUUGGCUGAGUCCGGUAAGCAAGUAUUGAUUUUAUUCAUCGAUAUGUAAUAUGUAAAUUUUUGAAUGGUAAUUCAACGGGGGAGAUGCUACCCUCGGGCAAUUCCAUCGUCUGCGGAAUGAGAGAGAUGGAGAAUAAAUGAAAUCGUCGACAUUGUUGUUGUUGUGUGUCAGUGUUUUUUCCCGCUCACGGUAUCCCUGCUGCGAAUAUCCGGGUUGUGUCAAAUGCCGUAAAGUACAUUUUAAGGGUGAGAAGGAUUGAAGAGUUUUGACUGAUUAAAAUUCCGGGUGCGAUGAGAGAUUGUGGAUUAGUCUCGAUUAUUUGAUGAACAUUUGAUUUCGUUAGGUUCGACUUUGCUGGAGGUAUACGUUAAUCUAGUAGUGAAAGUCAAUCAGGCUCAUUGGGUUGACCUGUCGCUUAACAAUAAGCAUUUUAUGAUAGGGAUCGAACUGAACUGUUUUAAUCAACCUUUUUCAUAUUCCAUUGAUCCAUGAUGACAGUUAACUCUUUGCUGACUCGCGGGGGUCAAAUAGUCUCAAUCCAAUGCCAGUCGAAUUGGGGGUCAAAUGGUGAGUCUUGAAUUCUAGUCAAAAUUAGCAUUAAAAGUCAGAGUCUGACUGAAGAAUUUAAUGUUGAAGGGCGCCAUGCGCGGGUCCAACUACUUUGUUAUGUUGAUCUUCAAUUUGACACGUUUUCGAAGGCUGUGGGUUAAACUUCCUUGAGUCAGUUCAAGUAUUUUGUCUCCAUGAAGCCUUUGGUUACAAAUUUCAAUAAAAAAUGUCAUUCUAUUAUUUUUUAUGUUGACCUUGGAUUGGACCCAUAUUCUAUCCUUCACCGGGUCAACUAGGGACCACACGAUAUGGCUUAAAGCCCUGUUUGACCCUUAGUCAAGCCACACAAGUUACUUUCUCCUGUUUUAUAGUAUGAACCGAAGCAACAUCCGUUGAAUAUAUCACUAUUAUUGAAAUAUCCCGAAAACUAUGACAAAGGUGUCCCACAUAAAAUGUGCGGAAUUUCAUGUUGAAUAAAAUGGAUUUUGUCAAUAUUUUUAAAUGUCAGUACUUCAAGAACUGUAAACAGUAACUUUAUUCAAAAACCAUUUCAUCUUAUGAAUCUUCCUACAUUUUUCAUGCACAACGUCUCCAUAAAUCAUCUGUGGUUUUCGAGCUAUAUAUGUAUAUUGUCAACACGAUCCUCAGGUGUGCCGGAACUGUCGCAUAAGUUUUUCCGUGAUGAUGUCAAUCAUAACAGUAUCGAGAUAUCUCGUUACGGCUGACGAUUGCAGCCAUCAAAGCCAUGUAAAUCCACAGGAAAGCCAUUGAAACGGGUUUUGGGUGAUUAUGAUAGCGUAAUGAAGCCGUUGGUACAAUCCAAUAGUAUUUCGAACAUUUCAUACCCCCUCUACAGCCCAGAAAGUAUCAGAUUCAAUGAGCAGUAAUCGUCGGUGUACAUUCAACCCUUUGGAGUACUUGAAUACAUUUGUAAUAUCUGUUAUCCAUUGUGUUUAAUAUCUAGAAAUAUUUAGAAACAAUGUAAACAAUUUUGUUCAAUUUUUCUAUGAAAAUGAGACAAAAAACGUAACAAGUAAGUGGCAAUUAUGAAUGCAGCUUGGGACGCAAAAAUUCUGUCGCUCUCAGUGUCAUCCAAUUACUAUGAUCCAUGCAUAAUUUCUUAAUAAAUAAAAAAAUUAUAUGAUGA